AUGCGAUUGCUACCAACGCUCCUAUCCCUGACAGCAGCCGCAGCAGCAUCACUCACAACAGCCUCCGCGAUACCAUGGCUGCCCAUCGACCCCUACUCACCCACCACAGCCUCCCCCUCACCGCCCACACGCGAGUCGCUCGACCUCAACGACCCCGCCAUCACCGUCUCUGACUACCUCACCUACAACGCCUCUUUCUCCGAAGACCAGGUCUACUCUGCGCUCGAUCUCGACAACGGCGAUGGAACCGGCGACCCGGACCUUCCCGGAUGGAUCGAUCCGCGCACCUAUGGAGGCUCCAUGCUCGAUCUCGUCGGUAACGGUCUUCGCGAACCCAUCAACGUCAUCAUCUCUGGCAAGUCCGACAAGCACGUCCUCUCCGAUCUCGGGUUGAAGGAUUACAUUCGAACCAUCGGAUUCUCGUUCGAAUGUCUCAACUUGCACAUGGGAAACCUGCAGCGUGCUGAUCUGGGCGAUGGCAAGGGAUGGAUACCGGAGAUGUUCGAAUACCGCGAGACGGGGUUCCCCGGUGCUCCCGGUAGAUGGGUCGGUGCCUGCUGGGAGAGCCUGUACGGUGGAAACCACUUCCGCGUCUGGAAGCAGAACGGCACCAUGGCAAACACCGGCGCCUGGUUCUUAGCCGUCAGCAAGGAGAAGAACCUCAAGUACCACCAUACCAUCGAUCGCGACGGUUACAACGUCGGCAGAGACCUGCUCGUCGCCGCUGCGGAAAGAGGUGGCAAGUGGAACAACGUCUACUACAAAGCAGACGUAGAAUGGGUAGACGGUCUCUUGGAGGCCGGAAGACACGGUAUCAAUCACAACAUCGGUCAGGACGGUAGGACGGCAGUGUUGACCGUCAAGAAGGUCGAUGCGCUCUCGAGAGGGUUCUUCUUCUGGGGGCUGGAGGCCAUCACCAAUUGGAUCGCAGAGAGGAUCGCGGCCAAGUUGGGCAAGAUAUUGCAGCAGUUGGGCAUUCUUUAA